GGCAUCACAAGGUAAAAGGCAGGACAGCAGGGAGAUUUGGUGAAAAACAUGAUAUCCUGAAACGGGAAGAAACGCUUUUGCUCUCUGCGGAUGGGUGUAUCGAUCCUCAUUGACCGUAAAUCUGACGUCAUGUAGUAUGUGGCCAGGCCUCUCAACAUCACUUUGCACAUCCCCAGCCCUUGAGACCAGUGUGCCUCUACCAGGCAGAGGCUCUUCCUCCCCCUAGUCCCGGUUUCUCCUCUCAUCCUCCAUCAGCCCCAGAGUUACCUAUGUUAACCCUCCUGAGCAUGUUUUACUAUAUCUGUUUACGGCGACGCUCCAGGAGUGGGACUCGAGGUGAGGCGCUGACCAGUCGACGGGCUGUGGAAUCGGGCCAGCGAGCGGUCUUGCCGGUCAGUGUGGAGGUGGAGCAGUAUGCUAAGGAGGUUCUUGACUUCAGCUCUCACUAUGGCAGUGAGAAUAGCAUGUCCUACACCAUGUGGAACUUGGCAGGGGUACCCAACGUGUACCCGAGCUCAGGGGACUUCACACAGACAGCUGUAUUCCGAGCAUAUGGGACAUGGUGGGAACAGUGUGCCAGUGCUCCACCACCUUUCCGCCGCACCCCUAAAGGCUUCUACAGCCAGGAUUAUAUUGAGCUUGGCUUUGAGGAGCCUGUCUAUCCUACAGCCGUGGAAGUGCUUGAGACAUAUUACCCAGGAGCCAUCGUCCAGAUCCUGGCCUGCUCUCACAACCCCUUCUCCCAGAAUCCACCUACUGAUGUCAGGUGGGAGGUGCUCUGGUCAGGGGAGCCCACCAAGGUGCUGACACCUCAGGCACGCCAGUUUUCCCCCAACAUCAAACAUAUCAACUUCCCCACCAACCUGCUGCGUCUGGAGGUCAACAGUUCUCUGCUGGAGUACUACACCGAGCUGGAUGCUGUUAUUCUCCGUGGUGUAAAAGAGAGGCCCAUGCUGGCCCUGUAUAAGAUGCCCAUCAUCGACAUCAGUGACCUGAGUGACAGCGAGGAGGAGCUGUCUGACGUGGGUCUUCCUUUCAGACAGGGAGGUGACGGCAAGCACCAGAGGACAGGAAAUGGCUACUUUGACAAGCUGCCCUAUGAGCUCAUUCAGCUGAUACUGAGCCACCUGACCCUGCCAGACCUCUGCCGUCUGGCCCAGAGCUGUAAGCUGCUGCACCAGCACUGCUGUGACCCGCUGCAGUACACCCAACUGAGUCUUCAGCCCUACUGGGCCAGGCUGAGUGACGCUUCCCUGGGACACCUGCAGAGCCGCUGCACCCUCCUCCAGAGGCUCAACCUGUCCUGGACUGGCAACCGCAACACUCUUACCCUCACUGGCUUCAGCAGUUUCAUGAAGGCGUGUGGCGCGAGCUUGGUCUGUCUAGAGCUGUCUUGCUGCCAUUUUCUGAAUGAGGCCUGUCUGGAGGUCAUCUCUCAGACUUGUCCAGAGCUGCAAGAGCUCAACCUGUCCUCCUGUGACCGCCUACACUCACAGGCCUUCUCUCACAUCUCUAAACUAACCCGCCUCCGCCGGCUGGUGCUCUAUCGGACCAAGAUAGAGCAAACAGCUAUUCUAAGCAUCCUGACUUUCUGCAUAGAGCUGAAGCACCUCAACCUAGGGAGCUGUGUGAGGAUUGAGGACUGUGACGUUGUGGCCAGCAUGCUGGCUGCCCGCUGCCGCUCCCUCUGCUCACUGGACCUGUGGCGCUGCAGAAACCUGACAGAUCGAGGUCUGGCCGAGCUCGUCUCUGGCUGCAGGAUGCUGGAGGAGUUAGACCUGGGAUGGUGUCCCACAUUACAGAGCAGCACUGGAUGUUUCCAGCACCUCGCCCGCAGCCUCCCACGCUUGCGCAAACUCUUCCUCACCGCCAACCGCACCGUCUGCGACUCCGACAUAGAGGAGCUGGCCGCCAGCUGCCCCUCACUGCAGCACCUCGACAUACUGGGUACACGGUUGGUGAGUGCCACUUCGCUGAAGAAGCUACUCCAGUCGUGUCCUCGGCUUCUCCUCCUGGACGUCUCCUUCUGCUCCCAGAUAGACAUGCGGGUCGUCCAGGAGCUCUGUGGCCUCUUCCCCAAUGUUGCCAUCAAGAAAAGUUUCACUCAGUGACCCCAGCAGAGGAAGUAAGAGUGGGGAGGUGCUCAUCAGCAAACACUGCCUCAGAGUGAGUCAGAUACUGGAGGAGACUUUGAACCUGCCUGCAUCUGUGUCACAGACAAGAUCUUUCAGUGGUCAGUAAACAAAGGAUGUUCUUUGGAUGAACUGGCUGGAUGCUAACAACUACAGACUGCUAGUUAAAGGAUUACAGAAUGUGAGACUUUUUUUGUUGUUAAUAUUUUUGGACACUUGAAAUUAGCAGGAAAGAUGCUGCAUCUUCCAAAAAUAUGAAUCACCACUUACUGUAUGUAUUGCCAAGAGAAAAGCUGUAAAAUAUGCCUUCCUACUGGACGCAAGACACACAAACAAUCCUCCCGUGAACAUUGUGUGAGUGCAACAAAAUUGGACAAAAAAAGUGUGAAACUCACCCUUAAGGAAAACUGUGAGAAACAAAACUUGUGUUUGGUAACCACAUACUCAUGUUCGCUGGUUACACAUUUAAAGAUCAGGGCCUUGGUCAGUGCCUUGUCAGAAUGUGCUGAAAACAAGCUCUUUAAAUGAUUGAGGGUCACUCUGAUGGCACCUGUCAACAUUAAAUCGUUUUGAUUUUGAUUUAAGAAUUCAUACUUGGUAACCGGGGUGUCAAAGGCAGGGAAUGCAGCUUCAUUUUACACACCCUUCUGAGUGGACUGUGUCGUCUCAAACCUAAAUGGGGGUAUAACUGGGUAUGUGUUGCUGCAAACUGACUGCUUAAUCUCACACUUGAACUAAAAUAGUAAGAGUAAAAUGUCAACUGUCCCUGCGCCUGAGAUACACCUACAACAUGUACUCAUCCAGAAACGUGUGAGAAGUUGAAAACUAAACUGAAACUAAAUGAGUUUUGAUUUACACAUGCCACAAAUGCAGACGUAGAAAAAGCACCCAGGGCAUCAAAUCAACCGCAGACAGAGUGAAUCAUUUAAAAAAAAAAAAAAAAAGCAGUAAGAAAUAACACUUGAACAGAUUGAAACCUAAAUUUACAGUGGUAUGAGACAGAGAAGACCAGCUAAUUGCCUCCUGGAAGAAGCUAAACCAUUGACUGUUUGACAUCUUUUUUGUGUUAGUCAAUCACCUUAAAUUUUAAAUUAAUUUACUCUCAGUUGGCUAAUUGAUGAAGUGACUAUUCUGUCAACCAGACAGGUCUAAUGUAUCUGAUUUAAAAAUAUAAAAUUGUUUUACUUUGCAGAUGGAUAAAAUAAUUAUAUAUAAACCAGAAAAUUGUGUUAACUUAGCUUUUUGGCAUGGUAGGUGAUUGAGGAUAAUUUCAGUAUUUUCAAACCUGGGCACUAUUUUUUUGUGUCUAAAUGAAUAUUAGGGACAAAAAUUUGGGGGAAGCAUGAUCCUGAUGAUAUCUGCAAGGAAAUCAUCUGCAGUAGUCUGCAUCAAAGUAUGUCCCCAAAAAGUGCUUUUCUUUGCCCCCAGGCUCAGAUUGUUAUUACAAGAGUCUGACAACUUUGUGGAAAGGAUCCCUACAGAGAUAGACCUUGUUAAAGAGUUAGAUCCUUUUUUAUAAUGGCUUUAAUAGCGCUUUGUUCAAAACCACCAGACUCCUUUGAGAAAAACAGUCAUUUAGCCGAACACGGAUUCUUUUUCUCUAUAUGACUGGCAGUAUUGUCAUCCUGGUCAAAAUGGUCCCGGCAGUGUGAGCCUGUGUUCAAUGACUGUUUUUGUCAUUGUAGUUUGGUGUCUUUGAACGGAGCUUGUUGCUGGUGAAACAAAAAGGAUCUUGCUCUUCAACAGAAAGGUUUGGAUCUUUUCUAUACAGUGUCAGACACACUAGACUGCAGACAAGCACUCUGAAUGGAUGUACUUUGACACUGACAAACAAUCAGAUGGAUUGCAAAGCAGUUAUUUUGCGAUUGCUGGUUAUAGAAUUAGUGCUAAAUAUUGGACCAAUUCCAAACCUUUUUCCCCUAUAGAUUAUUUAGACCCAAAAAAUGGAGCCUGUUAAAAAUACCAGGAUUAUCAUGUAAUGAGAAAUGAAAGGCUUAACUGAAUUUGAGACAGAUUUGUCGAUGUAACCUGCGUUGGGUUGACUUCUGUUUAAAUCUGCCCAAAAUGAUGUGUUUCUUAAGUUUUUAAUGAAAUAAUUCUUUUUCUGGCUCAAGUCAAGCAAAAAAAAAGCAAAAAAAAGCCUGGCCAAUGUUGUAAUCAGAGUGAUUGAUAAUUGACUAUGCUUAAGCCAUACAGGUUAUUUAGUUGUUUUGGACACUUAAUUUGAAAGUAUGCGGAGGUCCUGGGUUUUUACGAUGUUGAGAGUUUUGUCUCCAAAGCUCAAGUUUGAAUGUCACAUGUUCCACAGUUCUUUGGUGAUGUUGCAUGUUUUUCCUCUUAUUAUUCACAAGUUGUUUGAUUACAGCCACCAACUUACUGUGCUCACCACCAAACUGAUGGAGGAGUUCUGUGAAUGAAGUAGAGUCAGGUCAAAAUGACACAGUGUAAAUGCCCUAUGUGAUCUCAGUAUUUGUCCUGUAACUCAGGGGUUAUAUAUUUCAUCUGGUUUGAAUUUUUUUUUAUCGAUAUUUUAUUCCAGAAACCAGCACAUCUUAAUAGACAGUAACACAAGACUGACUCAGCUUUGAAGUAACCUGCUGUAGGUGUUGAUCUUGACCAACAAACACACAACAUAAAUGAUAAUCAGCACUGAAGUGACUGAUACACAGUUUAGAAUUACAGCUUAUUGGGUGUUGAAUGUUGCAUUAAUUAUAUGAUUAUGAAAAAUAUAUUCCUGUAAUUAAUUAUUUGAUUUUUGCAAUUUAUAAAGCCACAGUUGCAAUGUGGCUGAAGUGCUCGAAAAGCAUUUCUUUUCUUUUUUCUGGAAAAAAAAAAACUUGAAGUUUUCUUUAAA